CUUUGGCGUUGGUUAACGCUGGAAGUAGAAACUAACGUAGGGCCGUACCCGCCUUUUUCCAAGAAAAAUUGGAAAUUAAAUAGUAGUCAAUUUAUAAACACUUCAACUGUGCUUCCCCAGUUCUUCCACACCAAAAUCUACCUUCUUUCUUUGUCUUCUCUACAGUUUAGGGUUUAACUACUCUUUCUGUUUUUCGAAUUUGAUUUUGCGUUGACUUCGAUCAACCAUGUUAGUAUCAAAGCAAGUUUCUAACGAUUUGAUCACGGAAUGAGUCGUAAUUUUAAUCUAAGCAAGACCAUAUGUGAAUUCCAGUCAGUUUUAAGUGAUCAAUGGUAGAAUUUCCAUAAAUCUUUUGCAUAAAUUCUCCAUUCUCUGGAGAAUCAAGUCAUGGAGUUAGAGGUAAAGGAAAGAAAAACCGAUAUGAUUUGUAACAAAUUUCUGAACUUUCAGUCGGAGGUUGAAUUGAGGGAGAAAUCGUUCAGUGAGAGAAUUGAAGCUGCGGUGGAGAUGAGGAAGAAGGAAUUAAGGGAGUGGGGUGAGACUAUUGAUUUGAGAAAAAGAGAAAUUAUCGAGCGUUACAAAGCGUUGGAGUUGGAAGAGAAGCAGUUUGUUGAGAUUUUCCAGAGAAUUGAAGCGGUGAGUAUUGAAGAGGAGAGGGCUGAGAAGCGAAAGAGAGCAGUAGACGAGAGGGAGAAAAAAGUAGAUGAGAAAGAGAGGGAAGUGAAUGAGUUUUUCAAUCAAAUGGUGUUGAAGGAGGGUGAAUAUAUUAGCAGGGUUUUGGUGCUGAAGCAAAAGGAGGAGAAAUUGGAGAAGGAUAUGUUAAAUUUGGAAUUAAAACAGAAGGAAUUGGAUGAGAAAAGUAGGGUUUUGGAAUUGAAGGGGAAGAAAAUUAAGGAAAAUGGUGAAAUGUUGGAAUUGAAAGAAAAACAAGUUCAUGAACUUCGCCAAGCAUUGGAAUUGAAGGAGAAGGAGGUGAUUGAAGGCCGCGAAGCUCUUGAUUUGAAAGAGAAAGAAGUUGAUGAGCGUUGGAGACAGAUAGUAGUAAAGGAGAAGGAAAUGAAUGAGCAAUUGCAAUCAAUGGAGACACAAGAGAAGCAUAUGAUAAAUUAUGGAAAAUGUUUGAUUUCCACAGAAAAUCAAACUGAUGAGAAAGAACUCAAUGAACAUUAUCAAAUUAUGGAACUGGAACAGAAGCAGCUUGAGGAGUCUUGUCUGGUGAAACAGUUAAUCGACAAGCAAAGUGAUGUAAGCAGCUGUUUGGCACAAACAAGCCAGGAACUAUUUAACUCCGAUAUCGCAGAACUGUCAUGUGCAGUGGAUUCUUCUUUGAAGAUUGGUGGUGAUAUUGAUUCAUUAUGCAGAAAUAUGGACGUGGAUGGUGUCAGAUCAUAUCUGAUUGAGAAUCUGAUGGAGCAAAAGGCAUUGCAUGAGAAGAUAUUGGAUGCUCUUGGAUCAGCACCUGAUCCCGGGAAGCUUGUGCUUGAUGUCUCUAAAAGCUUCCACCAAAUAUUUCCUGGCAAGGAAGAAACAAAUGCUAAUAAAUCUAGUUGUAUAUUUCUAUUGGAGCGGUUGAUGAAAUUAUCACCACCAAUUACUAGUGAUGUAAAAGAUGAAGCAAAAUCUUUUGCGGAUCUUUGGAAGACCAGGCUGAAUGGGGGUAAUACUCCUAGAGACAAUUUUGGAUUUUUGCAAUUGGUUGCUGCAUUCAAGCUAGGAAGUCUAUAUGAUGCAGCUGAGCUUCUUUCACUAUUUAAUAUUUUUUAUGGUGGAACUGAGAUUUACCUGUCUGAGUAUCACUCAUAUUUAUGCCAUGUUUUGGGACUUGAAGAGAAGAUUCCAGGUGUUAUUGAAUCUCUUAUGAAGAGACAGAAGUGGCUUUUGGCUGUAAAAUACAUUUGUGUUUUUAAGCUAGAAUGUGAUUUCCCGCCGGUGCCUCUGCUGGAAUCUCACUUGGAGCUUAUUAGGAAGAGAGUAAAUGAGAGACAGAACGAUAGAACUUCUAACUUGAAGAUCCACGCUGCAUCCAUGGAAUUAAAUAAUCUUCGUCAUGUCAUAAAAUGCAUUUUAUACUUAAAGCUUGAUUCAAAAUUUCCACUUGAUUUCCUUAUGUCCCGCAUCAAGGAAUUGGAAAAAGAGAAAGAGUUAAACGUGCAUUCUCAAUUUACGGAAUGGAAAGAGAGGCAAGUUAAUGAACCUUGCCUAAUGGAAGAGUCUGUAGAGAAGCAAAGUGAUGGUGCACUUUAUCCUUGUUUAUCCCUUGAGCUUGAAAAGAAGCCAAUUGCGAGCAAGAUUAUGACUCAAGAGAAUCAGGUGCUACCUCGCUCAGAUAUCGCAGAAUUGGCAAAUGCAGUGGAUUCUUCAAUAAUGAUUGGUGGUGAUAUUGGUUCAUUAUGUAGAAAUAUGGAUGUAGAUGGUGUGAAAUCAUAUCUAAUUGAAAAUCUGAAGGAGCAAAAGGCAUUGCAUGAGAAGAUAUUGGAUGCUCUUGGAUCAGCACCUGACCCUGGGAAGCUUGUUCUUGAUGUCAUUAAAAGUUUCCACCAAAAAUAUCCUGGAAAGGAAGAAACAAAUGCUAAUAAAUCAAGUUGCAUAUUUCUAUUGGAGCGGUUAAUGAAGUUAUCACCACCAAUUAAUUGUGAUGUAAAAGAUGAAGCAAAAUCUUUUGCUGAUCUUUGGAAGACUAAGCUGAAUGGGGGUAAUACACCUAGAGACAAUUUGGGAUUUUUGCAUUUGAUAGCUGCAUUCAAGCUAGCAAAUCUUUAUAAUGCAGCUGAGCUUCUUUCACUCUUUAGUAUUUUUUAUAAUGGACCUGAGGUUCAUCUGCGUGAGCAGCACUCACAUUUAUGCCAUGUGUUAGGACUUUCAGAUAAAAUUCCAGGUCUUAUCAAAUCUCUUAUUGAGAAAAAGAAGUGCCUGUUAGCUGUUAAGUACAUUUGUGUUUUUGGGCUGAAAUGUGAUUUCCCGCCAGCGCCUUUACUGGAAUCUCACUUGGAGCUCUUAAAAAAAAGAGUGAUUGGCAGACAGAAGGAUGGAACAUUGGAAUCAAAGAAGCGAGCUGCAUGUCUUGAGGCAAGCAAUCUCCGAGAUUUAAUAAAAUGCAUUGCCAGUUUUAAGCUCGAGUCUCAAUUCCCGCCGAGUUCUCUUGAACUGCGCUUGAAAGAAUUGGAAAAAGAGAAAGAAAGGAGUACCAGUGCAGAACUUCGUCCAGAACAGCCGGUAAAGCUUCCUCUUCCACAAAAAGCAGCUUCUGUACAUCAUGAUAGGGAAUCCUCUGCUCAACAUAUUCCCCGUUCAUUUGGACAUUCAGCGACAACUGCCCCAAACAUAUGCCCGAUGUGGGAACAUGGAACAAUGCCUGCAAUGAAUGGCCCAGGUUAUGGAGUUGGUCCUUGUUGGGGUUCUGAUCUGCUUACGCUUCCUGAGUAUUCGGAAGCCUGGCAUUUCGACCUCAUACCAUGGCUGUAAAUUUUAUUCAUAAACAAGGGAAGGGGUUUUGACUCUUCAAAUGUAAAUUAAAUUGGAACUGGUUUAUAUAUAUUUAUCUAAUUGUCCAUCGUUUCUUUUAUUUUUAUCGUUAUUUCUAUUUUUCUA